GUCAAUGGUAAGUUGAUUCUGAGAAAUAACUAUUGAUGAGAGUUUGACAUUGAUUUUGAUUAGGUGAUUGGUAUUAUGGGAAUUGAAAUGACUGGCGGUGUUUAUUGUCCAUUAUCACCUCGAGAUCCACAACAUCGUUUAUAUGCACUUGUACAACAAACUGAAAGUCGCCUUGUUCUUGUUCAUCAUUUAACUAAAAUCAAAUUCGAUAAUGGCAUUGUUUCACUUGAUAUUGAUUCAAUAUUAAAUGUUAAUAAUAUAAACAGUGGCAUGGAUAAUAACUGUUGCUCAAGUGUAAUAGUGGGAGGUGAAGAGAUAGCCUAUAUUAUUUUUACUAGCGGUUCAUCUGGUAUUCCGAAAGCGGUUCAACUAAGACAGCAGAAUUUCAUCAAUUCAAUACUGGGUUUUGUUCGGAUUGAUGCACUACACGAAGAGGAUAUCAUGAUUCAAAUUGCUAGUUCAACGUUUGACGCGCAUAUACAGGAAAUUGUAGGAUCUCUAAUCUGUGGAGCAACACUAGCCAUGCUACAUCCACAAGGUAAUAUGGAUUUUCAAUAUAUCAACCAUAUUUUACAUGACAAACAAGUGACAUAUCUGGUAGCGGUUCCGAGUUAUCUCAAUCGUUUAUGUGACUUCCUCAAACAAAACAGAUUUCCUCCAUGGAUACUCAUCGAAAAUAUUAACUGUGUCGGUGAAUCUGUGUCAUCAGCUUUCGUCGAAGUACUGAUGCAGUUUGUUGCCAAAUUCUGUCGAAUUUGGAAUUUUUAUGGUCCAGCAGAAGCCACACUUGGAACUACAUGUCACUUAAUCGAUGUAGUCUCUCACCUGUAUGAUAUUCCAAUGGGAAAACCACUACCUCGUUAUAUAUGCUUACCUCUAAACCACUUCUUGCAAUCUGUUAUGAUUCAGGAAGAAGGCGAACUACUAGUGGGAGGACUAGGUGUCUUUGCUGGUUAUCUUGGACGUGAUGAUUUAACUGCAAAAGCUCUUCUUGAAAUAGAUGGUGAACUAUUUUAUCGAACAGGUGAUCUUGUUAGAAUAGAUAACAAUAGUCUUCUUCAUUAUCAAGGAAGAAAAGAUCAUCAAAUCAAACUUCAUGGACAACGUAUUGAACUUGGUGAAAUCGAACAGUGCUUACUUCGAACAUCUAUUUCAGCUUGUGUUGUUAUUAAAUGGAAAGAUGAUUAUUUAAUUGCUUACGCUCAAUCUUCUCAUGUGAACGAAGAACAACUACGUCAACAUUGUCAAUCUCAUCUUCCACCACAUAUGAUUCCAUCUUUCUUCAUUAUUCUUGACAAACUACCUUUGAAUCAAAAUGGAAAAAUAGAUCG